AUGGACGGGGGGAGGAAGGGCCGCGACGUCCGCCACGGACGCCGUCCUUCCCUCAUCUCUCCAUCGCUCACCUCCCUGUCCCUCACCUCCCCAUCCCUCAUCUCCCCAUCCCGCAUCUCCCCAUCCCUCAUCUCCACAUGCCUCCCCACCCUAUGCCUCAUCUCCCCAUCCCUCAUCUCCCCAUCCCUCAUCUCCCCAUCCCUCAUCUCUCCAUCCCUCACCUCCUUGUCCCUAACCUCCCCAUCCCUCAUCUCCCCAUCCCUCAUCUCCCAAUCCCGCAUCUCCCCAUCCCGCAUCUCCUCAUGCCUCCCCACCCCAUGCCUCAUCUCCACAUGCCUCAUCUCCCCAUCCCUCAUCUCCCCAUCCUGCACCUCCCCUUCCCUUGUUCUCCCCAUCCCUCACCUCCCCAUCCCUAACCUCCCAAUCCCGCAUCCGCCCAUCCCUGAUGCUGUUGCUGUAAAACAUGAGGAUCCCGCCCUCUGUCCCCCUCCCCGCGUCACCAUCCCCGCCUCUCCCCCGUCAACCCCACCCCAUCCCCUGCCACCAGGGACGGGGUGGACGUGGGGCAGAGGAGUGUGGGCGUGCGACCUGCCGCACCACCGCAACUACGGGCUCGUCGUCAAGCUGAGUCGGGGACGCGACGCCCUGGGAGGGGCCAUCUCCGCCUCACCCCAUCUCUGCCUCACCCCAUCUCUGCCUCACUCCAUCUCCGCCUCACCCCAUCUCCGCCUCACCCCAUCUCCGCCUCACCCCAUCUCCGCCUCACCCCAUCUCCGCCUCACCCCAUCUCCUCCUCACCCCAUCUCCGCCUCACCCCAUCUCCGCUUAACCCCAUUCCGCCUCACCCCAUCUCCUCCUCACCCCAUCUCCUCCUCACCCCAUCUCCUCCUAUCCACAUCCGUUUUUUUCCCCUUCCCUCGUCACCGUGUCCCCUCCUCUCUCCAUCCCCUCCUCUCGCCAUCCCCUCUUCUUCCCACCCCCUCCUGUCCUCUCCCCAUCCCCUCCUCUCCCAAACCCAUCAACCCUCACCACAUCCCUCCUCUUCCCAUCCAUGCUCUCCUCAUCCCUCCCCAUCCGUCCUUUCCCCAUCCGAUCUUCUCCCCUUCCCCUCCAGGUGUUUCCCACACCGCUCUCGGCCCUGCGGCACCUCCUCAUCCCUUGUGCUUUUCUGCACCAGGGAGCUGCUUGGGGCGCUGUGGGCGGAUGGCGGUGGGCAGAUUCACGCAGCAGAGGCAGACGUGGUGCUUCUUGUCCUCCCUUCCCCUCGUCCUCCCAGCCUCUCUUCCUCCCUUCAUCACUUCCUCCCUUCCUGCAUUCCUCCCUUCUGCCCUCAAUCACAUUCUUCAUCCUUUCUCCCAUACUUUUUUCUUUCUCCCAUACUUUUUACCUCCCUUCAUUACUUCAUUUCGCGCGACCUCCCUCAGCAGUAGCGCGCGACCUGCUGCUCGUCACGCGCCCUCUCUCCCUCCUCCCUUUAGUCGCGCGCGGCCCAUACUGCCGUCGCGCGCGCCCUCCUUCCCGCUUCCGCCCGCCCCUCGUCCCUCACCCGCGCGUCCCUCCGCUCCCCUCGUUGCGCGCGGGGUGCGCCGCUGUCGCGCGCCUCCUCCCCCCCUCUCCAUGCGCGCCUUUCUGCUUUCUGGUGUUCGCCAUCACCACUCCCCUCUACGAAAUUCGUCUCUUCACUCCCCUCCUCCUCCUCUUUCUCCCCUCAUUCCCUCUACAACCUUCUCCUUUCCUCCGCCUCCUAUCUCACCUCAGCUGCAGCAACUGGCUGCUGAUUUCGCCUGGUGGCUCUGCCUCUCUCCGCUCCUCUCCCCUCUAUCAAGACCCUUCUCCAUACCAUCCGCCCCUUCACCCUCCUCCUCCUCUCCUCUCUCCCUACUUUCCCCUCCCCAUCUUGCUCUCUCCUCCGCCUCUCUCCUCUCUCCAUCUGCCGCAGCUGGUUGCUGA